AUGGCGAUGACGCUUCACCAAAACGCCGCCGACCAUAUGGCCGGUAGGCUCGGGUCGGGCAACAUGGAGCAGUACAUAGCUAUCAACGCCGGAUGCUCCGCACUCAUCGCCGCUAUCGCAAAGACCGUCACCGCCAUCCACGGCCUUAUGCGCGAAGUCCGUGAAUCACGCGCCGACCUCGAUCCCAUAUCCAGCGAACUCCAUUCCCUCGACGGCAUUCUCGAUAUUCUCAAGGACGACGUUCCACAUCUUCCAGAACAACUGGCGCAAAGGACCCCCGAAGUACUUAGCUACUGUCUCACCAUCAUCAACGAACUCCAAGGAUGCAUCUCCAUUUUGGACCGUGUUGGCCUCUCCCGGCAGGACAAAAGAUCGCGAUGGAUGGCGAGUAGGGGACAUAUUGCCAAGUUGCGUUGGACGUUGGAGGUGUACAAGGCCAGCCUGGGACUGGCGGUGGACUUGGUUGCGUUGACCUCUAACAAACAACAAAACGAAGAAAGCCCGGUUAGGGAAACUUUUAUGGAAGAUGCCUCUGUGGUAUCAGACGGCAAGGACGAGUUGGCCGGCGUAUUAGCCCAAAUCAGCCGUGUUGCUGCUCGACUCGAAGACGAAUCCCGCCACAACGGCGCUGUUGCGAAGCUUCAACAUUACCUCGAUGCGCUAUACGGAAAUGCUCUUGCCGCUGUCGACCGUGAGAUGGACCAUUUCGAAGGUCAACGAAAUAGUGCCCACUCCUCGACCGAUCAUGCCCCCGAUAGUGCUAUCGACAUGGGCGACGACGACCACACUUUUGUUCACGCCAAAACAGCGAAUAUCCCGAUACCGCAAACCCAGGUCGACAUGACCCAGGACGAGUUCGACGAGAUGCUGGAUGAGCUAAGGGAGAUGCCGGUUCGACCUCCAACACCACCGCAAAGGUCAGCGAGACGGUCUUCGUCGGCUGCUUCCGCCACCCGCAGCGAAUACCGCCCUAGCACAGCCGACUCCUAUACCAGCACCCCUUAUGGUGCUGGAACAUCGUUCCUGGAUCUUGAAGCCCGAAGCCAAAGCCCACAUCUUCGAAGCCAGAGCGACUCGGCGGCCAUCUCACCUCGACCAGCCCCCAUCAACCACCUCUCACAUAUGAGCGGGGGUCUGAUGCCAGUCCGUACGUACGGCCAAAACAGCGAUUCCCUCUGGGAGAACCCUCGCCCAGCGGUUCCCGUUCCUCGACCGACCACAUCUAGCUCGAACAUCACAAACUCCCCGAAACCCAACGUCCUACGAAGAAGCAGCUCCCGCCUUUCCUCCGCCCUAAAAGGCCUCAGCUUCGGUCGCCAGCGCUCCCACUCAACAACCAGCACCGGCAGCUCGGCAAAAUCAUCCACCUUCUCCAUGGCCAUGCCACCGACCCCUCCUACCCCAGCUCCCAUCGCCCACGAAGCCUCGACCUUCCAACCAGUCUCUACCAUCCCUCCUCCUGUCCCCUCCAGUGGCGGCGCCAUCUUCGGUGUCUCCCUCGCCAACUCAAUGUCCGUAGCCAAAGGUCUCGCCGCCGCCCGCCACGACAGCGGCGGCUCCUCCACGCGCGACUACCCGCUCUGCAUCCUGCGGUGCGUCUACUUCAUCCAAGACCACGGUUUACGCGCCCCUCACAUUUUCGCUCAAGAAGGUGACCCCUACCGCCUGCAGCGUCUGAAAGCCAUCUUCAGCUCCCCAGAAACCGGCUACGGCAAGUUCCUCGACUGGAACCAAUUCACAGUAUACGAGGCCGCCGACAUGAUUUUGUUGUAUCUCUCCUCGCUUCCCCAACCACUUAUCCCAGAAUCGGUAGCCAAGCGGUGGAUCGCCAUGUCCCGCCAGGCGACCAUGUCCGGGUCUUCUGCGAUCCGGUUAGACAAGGGGAUCGAUUUCUGGGAGGAGGCGCUGCAGGGCAUCAAGGGACCCAACAGGAGCUUGUUCAAGCUGCUGUUGAACCUGUGGGGCGACGUGGCGGACAGCGUGGAAUGGAACGAGAUGACGGCCGAGAGACUGGCGGAGAAAAUGAUGCGCCCGCUGAUGCACCUCCCACAGACGAGGUACGGGACGGAUUACAUGCUGGGACUGGCGUUUGUGGUGAGGAAGCGGAGCGAGUAUAAUGCGGGGUUGAAGGGAGAGAGGAGUCGGGCUGCUUUUUGA